AUCAAAUUGGAUCAUUCAUUAUUCUUGAGCUGGUUAGCUGAAUGGUUGAAUUUUGCAUGCAAUAAUUUUCACUUUCAUUGCAGUUUUAAAUUUGGUUUGCCAUGGCGUGGCGUGUAAAAAUGGUGACGGGUGUGGUUCUGGUGCUGUUGGUUUCAUCAUCGCUCGUGAAUGGAACUCCAGCUAGAAAAGGGGGGCGUGGUAAAGUGAAGGUGAGUACGACCUCUGCACCACCGCCGCCCCCACCAUCCCCUAUUCUUAUCGAGGACGAGGACAAAGACGAUCCCACCGUCACGUCUGGGACAUCAAGCUCUCCUCCUGCCCCCAUCUCACUGACCGAUUCCAUCUGCAAUUUUCGACCCAUCUGGGACAAAACGCCGACGGGGGCGUGGUGUGAGUUGGAGUCGGAUAAUUUGGACACACUGGUAGCAUCGGCAGUGCUUUUCCGUCACGGGGCACGAACGCCAAUGUACAAAUAUGUUUUCGAUCCAUUUCAAGAUUUCGAUUAUGGGAUUGAAGGUCUUGGACAGCUCACGGGGCCUGGCAAACACUGGAGUUACCGUCUCGGGCAGUAUCUCCGCUGUCGGUACGGAUCCUUCCUCUCCACCCGCUAUUCCAUGUCGCAAGUUUACUGUCGUUCCUCCCAAACGGACAGAACCGCAAUGUCAGCCGCGUCUCUGCUCGCUGGACUGUUUCCCCCACUCCGACGAGACCCUGGAGGUCAUGUCGACUUCCCUAAAGUCCGGUGGCAACCGAUCCCUUGUUUCACGAUGGACCCGCAGUUGGACAAUAAAUUGAAGAACACGCGACCAUGUCCCAAAUACGAUGCCCUGUUUUCCGAACAUCUCGCCAAACUGGGUGCAACACAGGAUAGAAAUACGAUUAAAUUACUCCGUAACUUGUCCGACUUGACGGGAAAUGAUGUUCAAAGUUAUAAAGAUGUGCACAACAUAAUGGACACGUUAUCAAUUCAGCAUUGUCAGUACGGUCUCCCAUUCCCUGCCUGGUUUCCUCCCUUAGCCAAACAGAUCCAGGCUCUCGAACAGGCAAAUUAUCUCCAAUUCGUGUCCACCGAAGAACUCCAGCGCCUCUAUGUGGGUCCAAUUCUACACCAGAUUAUCCUCGAUUUGGAAACCAUGCUUGGAUUUGAUGAUUUUGGAUUGAGUGAAAUGACCGCGGAGGAAUUGGCAUCGUUGAGAAGGGCGAACCUGUACAUUUACGCGACCCACGACACCACAAUUUCCGGCCUCUUGGAAUCUCUGAGCGGCUACAACACCACGCAACCACCCCCCUACGACGCAGCCCUGAUCUUCGAACUACACCACGAUGAGGACGAGGAGGGCGUUGACAUCAACUGGGUCAAGAUCCUGUAUCGAACCGACCCCAACGGUGUCGCUGAGGAAGUUCUCCUCUCAAAUUGUGACCAUCCCUGUACCCUUUCCAAAUUUAAGGAGAUCACGUCCAACCUCAGCGUUGACGAUAAGAAAUGGGACAGUCUCUGCGGCAAUGGGAAAUGUUCCGAUGGGAAUGAUAACAAUAGUGAUGAUGGCAAUGACGACGAAGAUGAUGACUAGAAUUUACAUAAAAUAUUCAAUAAAUGAGAGAAAUUCCUAAAUUAUGAGCCAAACGUGCAUGAUGAUGAUCGAUAUGAAUCUAAAUUUUCUCAGCCACUUCAUAAAAAGAAUAAAAAAUCUACGCAUUUAAGAUAAGGUUAUAAAACGAACACCUUUAUUUGCAACUUUCUAAUCAAUAUGUACAGCGAGUAUUUGGAAAAUAAAGUCGUUUACCGUAUCGUAUUUCGAUGAAAC